GUGUAGAACCCUCCAGAUCAACAUGGCCACCUGCAUGAAGAUGCUCGGUGCUGCUAAACAGAUGCACAGAAACACGGCUCUCGUCCGGACGCUGAACUGCACCAGUGGCUUUAGAUGUUCCCGCUCCUUCCUCUCCGACCCGUCGGCGGUGACCCGGGCGCUGCCCGCACGGCCCUGCAGCAGCGCCGCGGCCGUGAGGAAAGCAUGCAGCGGACGCUUCUGUAACAUCCCCUCCGGCACGGCAAUGACAGGAGCGCUCAGGACGGCGGGGAGAGCUCGCCGAUGGGCCAGGGUUGGGGCUGUGUUCUGCGGGGAAAGGGAGCUCCUGACGCCGGUCUACCACCCGCAGAUCAUCCCGGACAGGGCUUUCGGGAACCGGGCUAGCGGAGCGGGGUUCUCCGGGGAGGACGGCGGGGAGAGCGCGGGUGCUGGCGGAGAUGAGGCGCCGGGUGACGGGGGAGCGCCGUACAACGGACCGCAGAUGACGGCGCUCACGCCCAUGAUGGUCCCGGAGGUGUUUCCAUAUGUGCCGCUGAUCGCCGUCAGCAGGAACCCGGUGUUUCCUCGCUUCAUCAAGAUCAUAGAGGUGAAAAACAAGGAGCUGAUGGAGCUGCUGAGGAGGAAGGUUCGUCUGGCUCAGCCCUACGCUGGAGUCUUCCUCAAGAGAGACGACAAUAAUGAAUCAGAUGUGGUGGAGGCUCUCGAUGCCGUCUACACCACAGGCACCUUUGUGCAGAUCCAUGAGAUGCAGGACCUGGGAGACAAGCUGAGGAUGAUUGUCAUGGGACAUCGAAGGAUCCGGAUCACACAGCAGCUGGAGGUGGAGCCUGAGGAGUCGGCAACAUCAUCAGCGUGGUCAGAGUCUGAGGCAGAGUCGCAACCCAAACCUCCACCAAGGCGCAAAGCCAAACGCACCCGCAAGGACCAGCCCGGGACGCCGGCAGAGCAGCUGGAGGACAAGAUUGCAGAUGCAGACCUCAGCCCUGAGAUUCAGCCUCUGCCCUCCUCAAACAUCCUGAUGGUGGAGGUGGAAAACAUUCAGCAUGAGCAGUUUACCGUCACAGAGGAGGUUAAGGCGCUCACAGCAGAGAUCGUGAAGACCAUCAGGGACAUCAUCGCGCUCAACCCUCUCUACAGGGAGUCGGUGCUCCAGAUGAUGCAGGCUGGCCAGCGGGUGGUGGAUAAUCCCAUCUACCUCAGCGACAUGGGAGCAGCUCUUACAGGCGCAGAGUCCCACGAGCUGCAGGACGUCCUGGAGGAGACGAAUAUCCCGAAACGUCUGUACAAGGCUCUGUCUCUCCUGAAGAAGGAAUACGAGCUGAGCAAACUGCAGCAGCGACUGGGCCGAGAGGUUGAAGAGAAGAUCAAGCAGACCCACAGAAAGUACCUGUUACAGGAGCAACUCAAGAUCAUUAAAAAGGAGCUGGGUCUGGAGAAGGAGGACAAAGAGGCCAUUGAGGAGAAAUUUAGAGAGAGGCUGAAAGACAGAACUGUCCCUCCACACAUCAUGGACGUCAUCAAUGAAGAACUCAACAAACUGGGGCUGCUGGACAACCAUUCUUCAGAGUUCAAUGUAACCCGUAACUACCUGGACUGGCUGACCAGCAUGCCCUGGGGCACCAACAGUGAAGAGAACUUGGCGUUAGACCGAGCCAAAGAGGUGCUGGAAGAAGACCAUUAUGGGAUGGAAGACGUCAAGAAACGUAUCUUGGAGUUCAUAGCGGUCAGUCAGCUCCGAGGCUCCACCCAGGGGAAGAUCUUGUGUUUCUACGGUCCUCCGGGCGUGGGGAAGACGUCCAUCGCCCGCUCCAUAGCCAGAGCCCUCAACAGGCAGUACUUCAGGUUCAGCGUGGGAGGCAUGACCGACGUGGCUGAGAUCAAAGGCCACAGGAGAACCUAUGUUGGAGCAAUGCCAGGGAAGAUUAUCCAGUGCCUCAAGAAAACCAAGACAGAGAACCCGCUGGUGCUCAUAGAUGAGGUGGAUAAGAUGGGCCGUGGUUACCAGGGCGACCCGUCUUCAGCGCUGCUCGAGCUGCUGGACCCUGAACAGAACGCCAACUUUCUCGACCACUACCUUGAUGUACCCGUCGACCUGUCCAAGGUACUGUUUAUUUGCACGGCCAAUGUGAUCGACACCAUCCCAGAGCCGCUCAGGGACCGCAUGGAGAUGAUCAAUGUGUCUGGAUAUGUCGCCCAGGAGAAAAUGGCUAUCGCUGAGCGCUACCUCGUCCCUCAGCUUCGUUCUCUGUGUGGUCUGACUGAAGACCAGUCCAGCAUCUCCCCUGAAGCCCUCGGCCUGCUCAUCAAACAGUACUGCAGGGAGUCAGGGGUCAGGAACCUGCAGAAACAAGUGGAAAAGGUUUUCCGUAAAGUAGCGUUCCGUAUUGUCAGCAGUCAAGAAACAGCGGUGACGGUUACUCCAGACAACCUGCAGGACUAUGUCGGUAAACCGCUGUUCACCGUCGACCGAAUGUAUGAUGUCACGCCGCCGGGAGUGGUGAUGGGGCUGGCAUGGACCGCUCUGGGAGGUUCAACUCUGUUCAUUGAGACGUCGUUGCGUCGUCCUCGUGGAAAGGCGGUGGAUAAAGAAGGAGAGGGGUCACUGGAGGUCACAGGUCAGCUGGGUGACGUUAUGAAGGAAAGUGCAAAAAUCGCAUUGACAUUUGCCAAAGCAUUCCUUAUGAAGCAAGAACCAGAAAACAACUUCCUGGUCAACUCCCACCUGCACCUGCAUGUCCCUGAGGGGGCGACUCCAAAGGAUGGACCGAGCGCUGGCUGCACCAUCGUCACAGCGCUGUUGUCCCUGGCGACCAACCAGCCGGUGCGUCAGAAUGUAGCUAUGACCGGAGAGGUGUCAUUAACUGGCAAGAUACUGCCGGUGGGAGGAAUCAAAGAGAAGACUAUAGCUGCCAGUCGCGCCGGUGUGACCUGCAUCAUCCUCCCAGCUGAGAACAGGAAGGACUUCUCUGACCUGCCGGACUACAUCACCCAGGGCCUGGAGGUGCACUUUGUGGAUCACUACAGCCAGUUGUACCCCAUCGUCUUCCCAGAGAAACAGCUCUAGCCUGUCGUGACCGCAGGGCUGAACGGCCCAAACAGGCCAAGGCCGUUCACCACCACCUCACCCCGAGCUGUUGGAGGACACAUUAUGUGACAUAGACAGUAUCUCUGAAUCGUAAUGAUGCAGCUUCAUAUGUGGAAGAUGGACCCACGACAGUGAUGAUGAUGAUGAUGGUGGUGGUGGUGAACACUGACCAACACAACACCAGCCUCCAAACCACAAGACAUGAUGUUGUCAGUGAUGAAGCAGUUGGUGGUUGUAACUUUGCUGCUAGGCAGCCGUGUCCGCAGCCCACAUUUUAUAGGACUCUGGACAGACCCAGUGGCCACUUCAUUUGGUCCACCCGCACAAUCUGAUACAAUCCAGUCCAGCUGUUGUGCCAUAAAGUUUUCUUUUCUGAUGCCUAUAGUGCUUAGGUUUUCUUUUUGUCACAGUAAUAGAGGUGUUCAUUCACUUCUGUGUUUGGCAUUGAGCUCAUAGUUA